AUGGUGAACUCGGGUGCCAUCAUUGUCACAGCGCUUAUUAAGAACACCUGGAAUAUGGCCGACCGCUUCGACCAUGUAAUCACGCAGUAUCGAAAAAUAGCUGGCGGAGAAUAUAUAGGUUUCAAUAAUGCUACGUGA